AUGCUGCGUACGGGAGGAGGGGGCGGCUCCACGGGGGGCCAGCCAUGGGUGCUGCGCCGCGUGCGUCUCACCUGGCUCAGCUUCAUGCUCUUCUUCAUCCUGGUUUUCUUCCCGCUCAUCGCCCACUACUACCUCACCACCAUCGACGAAAACGGGGGUCCCGACAAGCGCAUCUUCGGCCCGCGGCCCGGAGGGGAGCUGUGCGAAGCCAAGCACGUGCAGGACCUGUGCCGGAUCCGAGAGUCCGUCAGCGAAGAACUGCUGCAGCUGGAGGCCAAGAGGCAGGAGCUCAAUGGAGAGAUCGCACGGCUCAACCUGCGGAUCGAGGCUUGUAAGAGGAGCAUAGACAGCGCCAAGCAAGACCUACUUCAGCUCAAGAAUGUCAUCAGCCAGACGGAGCAUUCAUACAAAGAACUGAUGGCUCAAAAUCAACCCAAAUUGUCUCUGCCGGUGAGACUGUUCCCUGAUAAGGAAGAUCCAGGGAUGCCCCCACCCAAAUCUUCCCGAAACUGUCGCUUGCACUCUUGCUUCGACUACGCUCGUUGCCCCAUUACCUCCGGUUUUCCCGUUUAUGUCUACGACCCAGCUUCAUACCCUUGGGGAGACCUUAUAGAUCCUUUAGUCAAACAGGCCUUUUUGGCUGCAGCUAAAAGCAACAUCUACACAACAGACAACCCCAGCAUCGCUUGUCUGUAUCUGGUACUUUUAGGUGAACUUCAAGAGAAUUCAAAGUUCCCUCCUCCGUCGGAGCUGGAGAAGCAGCUCAGAGCGUUGCCGUACUGGAGGAACGAUGGCCACAACCAUGUCUUGGUCCAUUUCUCGCGAACGUCCAGCGUCCAAAACUUCUUGUACAACGUGAGCACGGGAAGGGCGGCAGUCGCGCAGUCCACCUUUCUGGAGCAGCAGUACCGGCAGGGUUUUGACCUGGUCGUGUCGCCGCUAGUUCACGCACUCUCUGAGCCAAACUUUCUAGAAAUCCCCCCACAGGUGCCCGUCAAGAGGAAGUACCUGUUCACUUUCCAGGGGGAGAGGGUGGAGUCUCUGAGGACCAGUUUGCGAGAGACUCCACCUCAAUAUUUUGAAGAGGAGAUCGAAGGAGACCCGCCGGCGGACUACGACGACCGCAUCAUCGGCACCUUGAAAGCGGUCCAAGAUAGCCGCUUGGACCAGGUUUUGGUGGAGUUUACGUGUAAAAGUCCCCAACCGAGCUUGCCUACUGAGUGGUCUCUCUGCGGGACCAGGGAAGACCGCUUAGAGGUGCUUAAAGCUUCCACCUUCGCUUUGGUGAUUGCGCCAGGAGACGGGCAGGUCAUAGCUUCGGCCGGUUGCGGCAUGAGAUUAUUUGAGGCUUUGGAAGUGGGUGCAAUCCCGGUCGUUUUGGGAGACCAUUUAAGACUUCCUUACCACCAUCUAAUCCGCUGGAGCGAAGCGACCAUUAUCGUUCCCAAACCGCGAGUCACGGAGCUGCAUUUCCUGUUGCGCAGCUUAUCCGACAACGACCUGCUGGCGAUGCGGCGGCAAGGCAGGUUCUUGUGGGAAGCCUACUUUUCCACAUCCGAAAACGUCUUAAAUACGAUUCUAGCGAGCAUCAGAACUAGUAUACAGAUCCCAGCGGCUCCGAUCAAAGAGGAGCCCGUGGUGGAGAUUCCGCACAAGGCCGGGAAGAUCGCCGGGACGGACGCCAACUUGGCCGACAACGCCGAUCUGGAUCUGGGGCCGGUGGAGACGGAGCCGCCGUACGCAUCGCCACGGUUCCUUCGAAACUUCACCUACACUGCCUCCGACAUCUACAGGACAUGGAAUCGAGCCCCCGGCCCCUUCCACCUGUUCCCCCACACCCCCCUCGACCCCGUCCUGCCAUCGGAGGCCAAGUUCCUGGGCUCUGGCACCGGGUUCAGGCCCAUCGGGGGCGGCACCGGGGGCUCGGGGAAGGAGUUCCAGGCGGCUCUGGGCGGGAACAUGCCCCGGGAGCAGUUCACGGUGGUCAUGUUGACGUACGAGCGAGAGGAGGUGCUCAUGAACUCCCUGGAGAGGCUCAACGGGCUGCCCUACCUCAACAAGGUGGUGGUGGUCUGGAACUCCCCCAAGCCGCCCUCCGAAGACCUGCUGUGGCCCGACAUCGGUCUGCCCAUCGUGGUGGUCCACACAGACAAGAACAGCCUGAACAACCGCUUCCUGCCCUGGGACGCCGUCGAGACCGAGGCCAUUCUGUCCAUCGACGACGACGCUCACCUGCGGCACGACGAGAUCAUGUUCGGCUUCAGGGUCUGGAGGGAGGCCAGGGACCGCAUUGUGGGCUUCCCGGGUCGGUACCACGCCUGGGACCUCAACCAUCAGUCCUGGCUCUACAACUCCAACUACUCCUGCGAGCUCUCCAUGGUGCUGACCGGAGCCGCCUUCUUUCACAAGUACUAUGCGUACCUGUACUCGUACGUGAUGCCUCAGGCCAUCAGGGACAUGGUGGACGAGUACAUCAACUGUGAGGACAUCGCCAUGAACUUCCUGGUGUCGCACAUCACACGCAAGCCGCCAAUCAAGGUGACCUCCCGCUGGACGUUCCGCUGCCCCGGCUGUCCCCAGGCUCUGUCCCACGAUGACUCUCACUUCCACGAGCGUCACAAAUGCAUAAACUUCUUUGUGCGAGUGUACGGCUACAUGCCUCUGCUCUACACCCAGUUCAGGGUCGACUCUGUGCUGUUCAAGACCCGCCUCCCGCACGACAAGACCAAGUGCUUCAAGUUCAUCUGA